AUGAAGCAGUUCGCAUUAUUCAGCAUUUUUCUCCUAAUUCUGGUUGUGGGAUUGGCCCAGAUGCCCCAGCAGGUUUCUGCCCAGGGCCAAAAUGGACAGCCACAGGGCCAGCCGCCGAAGCCGCCAAAUGGCAAUGGAAAUGGCAACCAGCAGGGUGGACAAGGACAAAACGGGCAGAACGGGCAGAACAACUAGAACUAGAAUGUUUCUGGGGUGGACACACCUCCUGGGCCAUUUCCCGGUCACUUAAAUAAACACUUUCUUCUGCAAACUAAAAA